AUGGGUGAUAUAAAUAAGAGGAAGAAAUUAGCGCAAGAGAGUUGUAAUUUUGGAAUCUCAGACCUCCCGGAUGAUAUGCUUGAGCACAUAGUAUCCUUCUUAUCAUUGAAUGAGGCCGUGAGGACUUGUGUUCUUUCCAAGAAUUGGAGCUACAUAUGGAAAUUUGUGCCUACCCUACAUAUUUCUGAUACAGUGGAUAAAUGUAACAGCUUAAUAGACAAUUUUUUGCGUGGCCAUGGGAACACCGCAAUCAUUGUUUGUGAUAUCGAGUUGACUAAUCUCGAGAAGGUAGAAAUGCAUGACAUGAUAGACACAUGGAUCUUUCAUAUCGUGAAUCUUUGCCAUGUUCAGGAGCUCAAAGUCAUUAGCUGUAUAGUGGAUGAUUUCCUAAAGUUCAGGGAUCAAGCUCUCAUCUCCAAGCACUUGAGGAGGUUAGAGCUUGAUAAGGUUCGCUUACAAGCUAGCAUUGUUGAUUUCUCAACCUGCCCUGCAUUGGAAGAAAUAGAUCUGAUGUUUUGUUGGAUUGAAGCAAAUUACAUUAUAUCAAAGUCAUUAAAGCGCCUGAUUGCAGUGGAAUGUGAAUUUGAUAGUGUGGGUGCACGCACUCACAUUUCUGUCCCCAACCUCAUCUUUCUUAAGUUAACUGAUAUUUGGCAUUAUACUCCUUUAUUUGAAGCCAUGCCUUCACUUGAAGUUGGAUAUGUUAGUCUAGGCGAGGACUGUUUAGACUAUUGUAACAACAAUAAAUCUUGGGGAUGUGAUAAUGUGGACUGCGGUUUUGGUUGCACUGAUGGUUACAAAUAUGAUAGCAUUCUUCUGGAAGGUUUAUCAAAUGCUAGUUACUUGGAGUUGCUAAGUGAACCAAGCAUGUUCAUUUUUGAUAGGGAUUUGCGGCGAUGCCCUACAUUUCGAAACUUGAGGACACUGAUACUCAACGAAUGGUUUUUGGUUGCUAACCUCCAUGGACUUGCACGCGUUCUUCACAACUCACCUAUUCUAGAGGAGCUGAAUCUCCUACUUUUAGAGGAGCCUAAAGAGGUGGUCGAAUCUAACGGGGACCAUUAUCAAGUGGAACAUCCCUUAUUGGAGACCCUUAAGGAAGUCAAAGUCAAUUGUGAAAGACAAUAUAUGUGGGUUCAGGAAAUAAUAAAUAUUUUGAUUACUUUUGGUAUAUCGCCUGAGAUAAUUAUCGUCAAAGAGAGCCAAAUGCAUCCAGAUGUCAUUUAG